GUCUGGAAAAGCUGGGUUUGGAUUCGCCCCUCUUUGAAGAGUUCUCAGGAAGUUUGGGGGAGGGGCGAGCUGCGCACCAGCUCUACCGGCGUCGGGCGCUGAGGGUGAGAAGGGACCACAAGCAGCAGCAGGUCUCAGUGCUUGUCAUAUUCCUGCCCACGGGUGGGCGCCGGGCGCGCCCGGCAGGGUCCUGGGGGCGCAGGCAAGGGGCCGUAGGCAGAGUGCGCGGGCCAGCAUGGAGGGACUGGUCUUCCUCAACGCCCUGGCCACUCGGCUGCUGUUCGUGCUGCACUCGCUGGUAGGGGUCUGGCGAGUGACCGAGGUGAAGAAGGAGUCGUGGUACUGGCUGCUCGCGCUGCUCAACCUCUUGCUCUUCCUGGAGACUGCGCUCACCCUCAGGUUCAAGCGCGGCAGAGGCUACAAAUGGUUUUCACCAGCCAUAUUUUUAUAUCUGAUUAGCAUCGUUCCAUCAUUAUGGCUUCUUGAAUUGCACCAUGAGACCCAGUAUUGCAGUAUCCAGGCUGAAGGAAUAUCACAGAAUAUCAGCAGAAAAGAAGUCUUCAAUCAAACAUUGACAUCCAGUGAACAAACCAGUAGAGCUGAUGAUCUCAUUGAGACGGCCAAAGUUUUUGUGAAUAACUUAUCUACAGUAUGUGAGAAAGUUUGGACAUUGGGACUCCAUCAGACAUUCCUGUUAAUGCUAAUAAUUGGAAGAUGGCUUUUACCCAUUGGAGUCGGGAUCACUCGAGAUCAACUCUCUCAACUUCUUCUUAUGUUUGUGGGGACAGCGGCUGACAUACUGGAAUUCACAAGUGAGACCCUAGAAGAACAAAAUGUGAGGAAUAACCCUGCACUAGUCUAUGCCAUUCUUGUUAUAUGGACUUGGAGCAUGCUGCAGUUUCCACUUGACCUAGCAGUACAGAACGUCGUUUGCCCUGUGUCUGUGACAGAGAGGGGAUUCCCCAGCCUGUUCUUUUGCCAGUACAGUGCGGAUCUGUGGAACAUCGGAAUCAGCGUCUUCAUACAAGAUGGCCCCUUCCUUGUCGUGCGUCUCAUACUGAUGACCUAUUUCAAAGUGAUCAAUCAGAUGCUGGUGUUCUUUGCAGUGAAGAACUUCCUCGUGGUGGUGUUGCAACUCUACCGCUUGGUGGUGCUGGCAUUGGCAGUCCGUGCUUCAUUGAGAAGUCGAUCAGAGGGCCCGAAAGGAGAACAUGGUUGCCGUGGACAGACCUCUGAGAGUGGGUCCUCUCCGCGGGACUGGCAGAGCAAGUCUAAGGAGGGCCUGGCUAUUCCUUUGCGGGGCUCCCCAGUCACCCACGAUUCCCAACCCACCCCUUAGUUAUUGAUUGACAGAGGUCUGCGGCUAGAACCUGACUCCCUGGUUCUUCUUAUAGGGAGGAUCCUUCUUCUCCCCCAGCCUUGGCAUAUAAUAAUUUUCAAAAGAACAGCAUAAAAAGGUGAUCUUAAACCAAAGCUGAGGAAUUUUCUUUUUUCAACUGAAUAGAAGGAACUUUGAUUAGUGACUAUUGCUACAACUUCUGUGUGAUGGUAUCAGAUGUUAUAGUUGUUCAACGACUAAGUGAUUUGUUUGUCUUGAACUGUUUGAAAAGCUGUGGAAGGGGUUACAGUGACAUGCCCUCGAAAGAUUUAGUGCAGACGAACUGUCGCGGCUGUUACCUGAAAAUAGAGAAGCUUUGAACUUUGGCUCCAUUGUCAGACUAUUUCGUCUGAUCUUUUCUGCAAUGUCCCUCUGACAUCAAAAAAUGUACAUUCAGUGAAUGCAGAACAAAUGAAGGGAAAAGUGCCUUUAAAAUUACCUCACUGUGGGCUGGAAGCAGCGAAAAUCUCUGCCCAGCUUCCGUAUCAUAGAGAGCCUUAUUCAUCGCUGCACAGGCCUUUCCAGGAAAAUCAUUUUUCUGGGCUGAUGUUGCAUUCUGCCAUGGCGCAUAUGCUCUUACAGAGAUUUUAUUGCUUUUGGCUUGGGUGCUACAAAAUUCACAGCAAGUCAUUUUGGUUACAUAUCUACUGGUUGCAAGGCAGGAAAUACUGGUGAAAUGCUAGCAAAGUCACAAUUUCUACUGUGAACAUGAUUUGCACUGUUCGUCAGUAUUUUUCUGAACCCUACUUUACCAUUUUCUAUAUUGCCAAGCCGAAUCACGUGGGCUGAUGCAGGGAAGCUCUGAAGCGGUGAAUAAAGGUGUUUCAGGCCCUGU